GGAAACGACAGGCUGUUGUCUUUCUUGGGUUAGUUAUAAAAAAUCUUCGGUUACACUGUUAAAAUAGUAAAACAUUAUUUUAGCAUAUUUUCAGAAUGGUGUGGUUGGUAUGAUGAUUUCCACCUUUUAAUGGAGUGAUUGUAGACUAAUCGGGUGCACCACACUACCUUGCUAUGAGCUAGCUAGCGUCACACCGCCGACAUUUUCUUCGAUGAGAGGAGAUUCGAGGAGAGUGAUCCCCCUACCCCUCUUUGUGGUUACGGCAGUAGUGUUGUUGAAGUCGGAGUCGGGUCAAAGCUAGCAGGGGACCCAAUUCGAAAAGCAGGCUCACUCAUCCGGAUCUUCAAAAUCAAACGAAUAGCAAAUGCAGACUUUAGUGCCUCGAAGCUUAAGCUUCGUUGUCCGACAGAGAUAGAUAUCACGCUGUACAACGCGCUACUAGCUAGCUAGCUAAUGACGUUAGCUGGGCAGGUGUAGCAUCCAUAACUAACGACAGUUAGCUAGCUAGCUGUCGUUUGACAGCCUUUGUCAUUUGAACUGUUCAAAUCUUCAAUUCGGAAAGUCUUUAACGAGCCUUGGGGUAUAUUUUGUUCCAAGGAAACAUUUGUUUAUAUAUAUAUUUUUUAUAGCUAAGGAUUUUAUAUAAGAUCUCGUUUAUUGAGCUAUGUCGCUCCACGGUAAGCGAAAAGAGAUCUACAAAUACGAAGCGCCAUGGACGGUGUAUGCAAUGAACUGGAGCGUUCGUCCCGACAAGCGCUUUCGCCUGGCCCUUGGAAGUUUCGUUGAAGAAUAUAACAAUAAGGUGCAGAUUGUGGGUCUGGAGGAGGAGAGUUCAGAGUUCAUCUGCAGGAACACCUUUGACCACCCCUACCCCACCACCAAGAUCAUGUGGAUCCCGGACAGCAAGGGUGUUUAUCCAGACCUGCUUGCCACUAGCGGGGACUACCUGCGCAUCUGGAGGGUCAGUGACACAGAGACGCGUCUGGAAUGUUUGCUGAAUAACAACAAGAACUCUGACUUCUGUGCCCCACUCACCUCGUUUGACUGGAAUGAAGUGGAUCCUAAUCUACUGGGCACCUCCAGCAUUGACACCACCUGUACUAUCUGGGGGUUGGAGACUGGCCAGGUGCUGGGCAGAGUCAACCUCGUAUCAGGCCAUGUCAAGACCCAGCUCAUUGCUCAUGACAAAGAGGUGUAUGACAUCGCGUUCAGCCGCGCAGGCGGUGGUCGGGACAUGUUUGCGUCGGUCGGAGCAGACGGCUCAGUACGCAUGUUUGACCUGCGGCACCUGGAGCACAGCACCAUUAUCUAUGAAGACCCCCAGCACCACCCCCUACUGCGCCUCUGCUGGAACAAACAGGACCCCAACUACCUGGCCACCAUGGCUAUGGACGGCAUGGAGGUUGUGAUUCUGGACGUGCGUGUUCCCUGCACGCCGGUGGCCCGCCUCAACAACCACCGGGCCUGUGUCAACGGCAUCGCCUGGGCUCCCCACUCCUCCUGUCACAUCUGCACUGCAGCCGACGACCACCAGGCGCUGAUAUGGGACAUCCAGCAAAUGCCCAGGGCCAUCGAGGACCCUAUUCUGGCCUACACGGCCGAAGGAGAGAUCAACAACGUCCAGUGGGCCUCCACCCAGCCUGACUGGAUCGCCAUCGGCUACAACAACUGCCUGGAGAUCCUGCGGGUCUAAAGCCAACCUUCACCUGAGGAGUUGAUGUGGAGGAUGAGGACAAUGUGUGUAUUCGGAACUUGGACUUGUUUUUUUGAGUGGAAGUAAAUCUUGCAGGACUGCCUCAACCCACUGCUCUCUCCUGGCUGAUUGAUGUGCGUAUGGGAGACGGUGUGAACUCUUUGACUCUUGGAGUGUCCUUUGUUCCACUCCAUAAUGUCCUGGUUUACUCUGUUUUUGAUAUUACUAAUCCCUGUGUCAAAAGGAGUAUGUUGUCCUCUAUUUAUUUAUCGUUUUGGUAGUCAUCAGUGUCUGUACAGCGCCAAAAUGCAUCAGUGCUUUCAGUAGGUUCAACAAUUCUAGAUGGUCAAUUCAUUAUGGAGUGCAGUUCCAACUGAACACUGCCUCUUGAGUGUGUUUAACCUGUUGUUUUAUCCAGCCAGCUAUGAGAUUAAUAUGAAGAUGUUUUGGAGUGACAUAUAACAACAUAUUUAGGGUCAGGAAAGUGGAUUUAAAAUGACACUCACUGUCAGAAAAUGUAAUUUAGGGUAAUCUGGGUGUCUUUCUGAACUGGUUUAAAUCCAGUUGUAGACUUCUGAAUUUGAAACCAUAAGGCUAAUUUUAAGGCCUAAUAAUUGUUUUAAUGAGACAAGUAUUUUAAAAAUGGUUUGCUGGUACCAGAUCACUUCCAUGAUUAUACUGUGAUAAUCUGACAUGUAGUGAAGUGACUGAAGUGUUAUAUUGAUUCAACACCACAGGAGGUUGGUGCCACCUUAAUUGGGGAGGAUGGGCUCGUUCUAAUGCCUGGAGUGGAAUCAGCGGAAUGGUAUCAAACACAUGGUUUCCAUGUGUUUGAUGCCAUUCCAUGUGCUCUGUUCCGGCAGCCUCCUGUGUUCAACACAAUGAAUGUCUCACAGUUCGGAUACUUUGCCAGCAGCCCCUUUGGGCAAGACCAUAACGUUUUCUUCAUUUUGAGUUGAGUUGCUUGGAACAACUGCAGUUCCUAUUCAAGAAUGUGUGAAACAAAUAAGUUUAGCCUAGUACUGAAGGAGAGUGAAACCUUUUUUCCCCCUCUUCUUGUGUCUCACUAUCUUUUUAUUGUUCUCUGUACUCGAAGGUCAACCCCCUUUUAGCAUGUUUGUACAAGGGGAAAUGUACAUACUUAUAAAUAUAUGAACCAAGAUAUUGAUAAGGCAAAUCUACAUGUAGCUUUUUUCAUAAAAGUUUAUAUUACCAAAUUUGCUCUAACUAAUAAAUAUUCCUUCACGUC